UACGAAAGUGUCACAAAAAGUUCCGAUUGAUUGAAGAAAAGGAUUUCACAAUGAAAUGUGAAGCAUUGUCAGAAAACUUUCUCAAUUUAAUCCUUCAAACCAUAAACAUCGUCUUCAUUUCCAUCGCCUUGUUUGUAUCGUGUGGCAAAAAAGGAGCAAAAUCAAAAUCUACAAAAAGUACUGCUUCAAAAGGAUCAGUUUCUUCUCCAGCUGCACCUGCUUCAACAAUUUCAACGGCACCAGGCGAUGUAUCGAAGGAAAAGGAUAAGGGAAAUGAGGAGAAGAAGGAAGAGAAAAAGGAUGAAAAGGAAGAAGAAAAGAAGGAUGAAAAAAAGGAAACUUCAAAAAAAUCGAAAAAGGCGUCGAAGAAGUCUGUCAAGAAGUCGUCCAAGUCGAAGAAAAAUGAAGGGGACGAUGGUGAAUACGAGAACGUGAAGGAUAUGACUGCAAGUGAGCUUCUGAAGAUUGCAGAAACUGCAUAAACUCGUUUUCUAAAUACUAUUGAAAUAAAUUUUUGUGUUG